ACGCAAAAAAUAUAAACACGAGACGAGCACAAACACAGAGCUGAAACAGAAGGCUUUAAAAGAGAAGGGCUUGUGUCCAAAACGUUCCCUAAACCAAACCGCCACAAACCACACAACAAUGGCGCUCAUGAACCGAACCGCCACACGCCUCCCUCAACUCCUCUCACCACACCGCGCACUCUCUCUGCACACCACCCUCCCAUCUCUCUACGCCGCCACCAACACCACCACCCCAGCCUCCUACCCCCGCCCGUCACCGCCAUCGACCUCAAGCCCGCCGGGAAUCUCGAAGACGGCGGAGUUCGUGAUCUCGAAGGUGGAUGACCUCAUGAACUGGGCCCGGAGGGGAUCGAUCUGGCCGAUGACGUUCGGACUGGCGUGCUGCGCUGUUGAGAUGAUGCACACCGGUGCCUCCAGAUACGAUCUUGAUAGGUUUGGGAUUAUCUUCAGGCCAAGUCCUCGCCAAUCUGAUUGUAUGAUUGUUGCUGGAACUCUCACCAACAAGAUGGCACCCGCUCUUCGCAAGGUUUAUGACCAAAUGCCUGAGCCUAGGUGGGUGAUCUCUAUGGGAAGCUGUGCCAACGGAGGUGGUUACUAUCACUAUUCCUACUCUGUUGUUCGCGGAUGCGACAGGAUUGUUCCUGUCGACAUAUAUGUCCCAGGUUGCCCUCCAACUGCCGAAGCUCUACUCUAUGGACUCCUCCAGCUGCAGAAGAAGAUCAACAGGCGCAAGGACUUCCUCCUGUGGUGGACAAAGUGAGGACAAUUAAGUCAUUUCUUGGCAUACAAGCUAUGUUAUAAUAAGAAAAAAGUUUGUGGUAGUUUUGCCCCUUUUUUUUUGCUAAGAUGAGUGCCUCCAUGUAAGGUGGAGAUUGUGUUGGAUAUAUUUACCAUAUGACAUAUCUGCACAUUCCUUUGUUGUGCCCCAUUGUCACAUUCUGUGCAGCUUUGUAGUUUUUUCUAUCAGCUUGCAAAUUUGUUUUCUUUUGGACUUGGAAUAGACUUAUGAAAUAUGCAAUCUUUCUGCCCUUUUUUCCUGAAGCUGCAAAUGUAUGUUGAUGAGCCUGGGAAUAAAUAAAGACACCUCAUGUUGACUCAUUAA